CUUUGGUCUCAGGGAAUUCGAUAUGAAGAAAACAUUCCUGAUGACAUUCAGAUUGAAGAUUAUUAUAAUAUUCAAUUUAAUGAUAAUGAUGAUAGUAUUCAGGUUGAUGAUGAUGAAAAAAAUGAAAAUAAUGAUGAAUUUAAUGAAAAUUCAAUUCAGAAUCUAUUACAAAGCGAGAACAAUGACGAAGAUAUGUUGGAAAUUACUGAGUAUAAUAUGUACAUUUUAGAAUGUCAGUAUGGAAGGUUAAAUGAGCAUUAUUUAGCUAUUAAAUUAGUUCCAAUUACUGGAACUUUUAGAGAAUUUCCGGAACUUGUAGUUAUUUCUAAUGCUUAUGUAAGUGCCCGUGAAGCUGCUAUACAGCAAAGCUCUGAGUCUAUAACAGCAACCAAAUGUCUUUGUAAAGGUGAUUAUUUAAAGAACUAUUGUAAAUGUAAAAAG